AUGCGACCCAAUCAGUCAAACCCAGCUCAGCCCGUCUUUCCAAUGGCGACAUCGACCCUCUGUCAAAUCUGCAGCGGUCAGCUUCCGACCGAUGCUUGUCCCACCCAUACUACGGUGUAUAACAUCCAUGACAACGAUAUCAAUAUCUCCACUACUGCCCCGGUCUACCAGUCGUUUGGAUGUUCGACCAACCAGGGAAAUACACAAUUCGAGGAGCAAACCAUGGGCCCAGGCAUGGGGAAUGCUAUGCACACUGAAGGAUACUCGUACGGUGACAAUGAUCAAGGCAUCUAUCCAUAUACAUUUCUUUUUCCCAACGUCCCGAUAGGACAGGCACCCACUAUACGAACGGUGGGCUCUCCUGCUAUCACCGCUGCCUCCCAAAACAGGCGUAGGGUCGAAGCUAGAUUUCAGUGCCAAUUUCAAGAUUGCGGCAAGACAUUCACAGCAAAGCAUAAUCUUGACAGCCACAUGAGAGCGCACCUCGACAUCCGACCGCAUGGAUGUAAUUGCGGUUCUACGUUCACGGCGAAGGGAGACCUUAAACGGCACCAGAAGUCGCAGCAGCACGCAGGCGCAAUGAAUCAAAUGUAUCUGUCGCCCAAUUAG